AUGGCGACCAACCAGGGACGUUUCGAAAUGCUCCCAGAGGCGGAAGAUAGCGAAAUUCAGGAUGAAAGCGCCUCAUCCGAAAUGGAGCAUCGUCACUCCACGGUACAAAGUCUCGCCCGUCAAUUCUCUCAGCACUCUGCUGUCGGUGAUGUUCACGAGAACCCUAAAGCCCUGUUCGCCAAUGAUGACCCGGAAUCGCCAUUGAACCCCUCCGGCCAUAACUUCAGCGCAAGGACAUGGGCCAAGACGCUUGCUCAGUACAACAUAGAUAACGGCAUUGGCUUCCGCAAGACAGGAUUCUGCUUCCAGGACUUGAACGUUUUUGGGUACGGGACUUCGACCGACUAUCAAAAGAACCUGGGCAACAUGUUUCUAGAGAUUCCUAAUCUCUUUCGGAAGGCAUUUUUGAAGAAUAAGGGGCAGCGGCGCAUCGAUAUCCUCAGAGGAUGCGACGGCGUCGUGAAGCCAGGUGAAAUGCUUGUUAUUCUUGGUCCUCCCGGUGCUGGAUGCACCACUUUCUUGAAAGCUAUUGCUGGAGAACACAACGGCAUAUAUCUCGAUAGCGCAGCCUAUUUAAACUAUAACGGAAUAACGGCCAAAGAGAUGCACACUCAGCACAAAGGAGAAGCCAUCUACACUGCCGAGGUGGAUGUCCACUUUCCUAUGCUGUCUGUCGCCGACACUCUUACGUUCGCCUCGCGAGCCCGGUGUCCGAGCAAGAUACCACCCGGCGUGACUCGGAAUCAGUAUUGUGACCAUUAUCGCGAUGUCGUGAUGGGCAUGUACGGCAUCACACACACCCUCAACACUCAAGUGGGCAACGAGUACAUUAGGGGCGUCUCCGGCGGCGAACGCAAGAGAGUGACGAUCGCGGAGGCUACAUUGUCCUAUGCGCCAUUGCAAUGCUGGGAUAAUUCAACACGCGGUCUCGACUCGGCCAACGCGAUUGAAUUCUGCAGAACUUUGCGGUUGCAAUCUGAACUCUUCGGGCACACGUGCGCUGUUUCGAUCUACCAAUCGCCCCAGAGUGCGUACGACCUUUUCGAUAAGACCCUCCUCCUCUAUGAAGGAAGGCAAAUCUACUUUGGAUCGGCGGUCAAGGCGAAAGAGUACUUUGUUAAGCUUGGGUUCGAGUGCCCCGAUCGUCAAACAACGCCUGACUUCUUGACUUCAAUGACGUCGCCCUCGGAACGUAUUGUUCGUAAAGGCUGGGAAGGAAAGACUCCUCGAACGCCAGACGAAUUCGCAGCAUGCUGGAAGAGUAGCAAGGACUAUCGCAGCCUCCAAGUAGACAUCGAGGCCUAUAAGAAAGAAUAUGCUUUUGAUGGGCCGCACGGCGAUGAAUUUCGCGCGCACAAGCACGCAUCCCAGGGGAAGGGGCAACGCCUCAAGUCACCAUACACGCUCACGUAUGGCCAGCAAGUCCAGCUCUGUUUGUGGAGAGGCUGGAAACGACUCGUUGGAAACCCUUCCCUCACGAUCUUUGUCCUCAUCGCAAACACAUGUGUCGGUUUCAUAGUGUCGUCCUUGUUCUACAACUUGCAACAGGAUUCAAGCUCCUUCUAUGGAAGAACAGCCGUCUUGUUCAUGGCCAUCCUCGCCAAUGCCUUUGCUAGCGCUAUCGAGAUUCUUACUCAAUAUUCGCAACGCCCAAUUGUUGAGAAGCAUGACCGCUACGGCUUCUACCACCCAUCAUCUGAAGCUUUUGCAUCCGUAUUGGUCGAUUUGCCCUAUAAGAUUACCAAUAGUAUUUUCUACAAUUUGACCAUCUAUUUUAUGACCAAUCUGCGACGCGAGCCAGGCGCAUUCUUCUUCUUUUGGUUCGUAUCCCUGUUGAUGGUUAUGGCUAUGUCUGGACUUUUCCGAUCUAUUGCGUCUCUUUCUCGUACAUUAUCUCAGGCCAUGGUUCCAGCCUCAAUUUUAAUGUUGGCCAUGGUUAUCUUUACGGGAUUCGUUAUUCCAGUCGACUACAUGCUUGGCUGGUGCCGCUGGAUCAAUUAUCUCGAUCCAGUUGCAUAUGGGUACGAAGCGCUCAUGAUCAACGAAUUUUCCGGACGCACCUUCAAGUGCUCUGCCUUCGUUCCAAUGCCAAACAUCCCCGGAUACGAGAAUAUCUCACUAGAGAAUAUGGCCUGUACCACAGUAGGAACUCCUGCUGGGGUCGCUACCGUCAGCGGAGACGACUAUUAUAUGACACAAUACUCCUACCUGCCAGAACACAAGUGGAGGAAUGUGGGAAUCCUCAUUGCCUUCGUCAUCGGCCUACAUCUCAUCUAUUUCGCCGCAACUGAAUGGAUCUCUGCGAAGAAAUCCAAAGGCGAGGUCCUAGUAUUCCGCAGAGGUCACGUCCCCCAAGAAUACCGCGGCGCUAGAAGCGACAUCGAAGCUUCAGUGAAGGGACCAACAACUAUCAUGGAGAAGAUGGCUCCCAGCAGCGGCUCUGAAGACGGCGUCAUUCAAGGUUCAACUAGUGUCUUCCACUGGAGCAAGGUUUGCUAUGACAUCAAGAUCAAGGGAGAACCGAGAAGGAUCUUAGACAAGAUUGACGGUUGGGUUAAGCCGGGUACGCUGACAGCCCUCAUGGGGGUGUCGGGCGCCGGGAAAACCACUCUUCUUGACUGCCUCGCGGAUCGAGUCGGAAUGGGCGUCAUCUCGGGAGAUAUUUUGGUGGACGGUCAUGUCCGGGAUGCUUCUUUCCAGCGAAAGACCGGGUACGUCCAACAGCAAGAUCUCCAUCUCGAAACUACCACUGUUCGCGAAGCGCUCGAGUUUAGUGCUUUGCUUCGCCAGCCGAAUACCACACCCCGCGCUGAAAAGCUAGCCUACGUUGAUGAAGUUAUCAAAUUAUUAGACAUGCAAGCGUACGCCGAUGCUGUCGUCGGCGUCCUCGGGGAAGGAUUGAAUGUUGAACAACGCAAACGUCUCACGAUCGGGGUCGAAUUAGCCGCAAAGCCACCACUCCUGCUUUUCGUUGACGAGCCUACCUCCGGGUUGGAUUCUCAAACUUCUUGGUCCAUUCUAGACCUCUUAGAGAAACUCUCAAAGGCUGGCCAGUCAGUCUUGUGCACGAUUCACCAGCCUUCCGCUAUGCUUUUCCAGCGAUUCGAUCGUCUCCUGUUUCUAGCUGAAGGCGGGAAAACAGUCUACUUCGGUGAAAUCGGCAAAGGCUCCCAGACGAUGACAUCUUACUUUGAGAGACAUGGCGCCCCGAAAUGUUUGAAAGACGAAAACCCUGCUGAGUGGAUGCUCGAGGCGAUUGGAGCAGCGCCAGGAGCGACCACAGAGGUGGACUGGCAUCAAACCUGGCUUGAAAGCCCGGAGUAUGAAGAGGUACAAACAGAGCUGGAACAUUUGAUAUCCAACCCCGUAAUUCAUCCGGAUAGCAUCGGAGCCGCAGACACGGAUUCGGAGUUUGCAUCUCCCCUCUGGCCACAGCUUCUCAUUGUCUCGCAUCGUGUCUUUCAACAGUACUGGCGGACCCCAAGUUACAUUUCGUCUAAAUUCGCCUUGCUCACACUAAUUUCCCUCUUUAUUGGACUAGUGCUGAUCGACGCGCCUCUGAGUAUUCAGGGUUUACAAAAUCAGAUGUUUGCCUUGUUCAAUAUUCUGAGCGUCUUUGGACAAAUCGUACAGCAACAAAUGCCCUACUUUGUUACUCAACGCUCACUAUACGAGGUUCGCGAAAGGCCAUCAAAGACCUACAGUUGGAUGGUGUUCAUCGUCUCCCAACUGAUGGCAGAGAUUCCGUGGAAUACAGUUGUCUCCGUUCUGAUGUUCGUCUGUGUGUACUACCCCGUUGGCUUCCAGCGCAACGCGGCCAAGACAGACACUGUCGUCGAGCGUGGAGGACUAAUGUGGUUGCUCUUCUGGCAAUUCCUGCUCUUUACAAGCACCUUUGCCCACGCCUGCAUUGCGCCUCUUGAUACAGCAGAGGGAGGAGGAAACGUAGCAAACAUCCUCUUCAUGAUGUGUUUGUUCUUCUGUGGUGUUAUGGCAACGUCGGAAAUGAUGCCUAGAUUCUGGAUCUUCAUGUACCGCGUCAACCCUUUCACAUAUUGGGUAUCGUCGGUCCUAUCAACCGGCCUAGCAAAUCAGGAUGUCCAAUGCGCAAGGAAUGAGCUGGUCAAAGUUCAUCCGCCAGACGGUCUGACCUGCGGAAAAUAUUUGGAGGUUUUCGCUGUUGCUGCUGGCGGCAAGAUUGCCAACCCGGACGACACGGACAGCUGUCUGUACUGUCCUAUGUCGUCCACAAACAGCUUCCUGGACCGGAUUAACUCCAACUACGACAAUCGCUGGCGGGAUUUCGGACUUGGGUUUGCCUUUAUUGCAUUCAACAUUGCGGCCGCUAUUUUCCUCUACUGGCUUGUGAGAAUGCCAAAGGGCAGGAAGAAGCAGUAA